AGUGUGGCAAUAAAAAGAGAGUGGAUAGAAGAUUUGAGGUAAAAGCCAGAAGAUUUGACCUAAGCGGGAAAGUAUCCCGCGGUUCAAUUUUCCCCAUUUUCAUGAAAAUUCAAAUCCCAUAAGCCAAUGCCAGACAAUUAGUUUCAAAUUUCAAUUCCAAACAAAACCCCUAUCUAUCUCAAAUUAGGGUUUAGGUUUUGCAAGCAUGAGAGGUUCGCGCAGAGGCAACGGCAAUGGCAAAGAUGCCGAGCAGAAAGAGGCGAGCGAGCAGAACCCCGCCACUCGCAGGAUCAUACGCUCCCAGUUCCUCAAACUCAAGACUCUCAUCAAUGACAAAAGAGACGAUUUGUUGAACACGGACAGCAGCAAAUUCGACACCAUCUUGGAUGAGUUCGACAAGUUACACGAUCAAGUUGAGAAGCCGAGAGAGCAGGUUGCAGAUGCGGAGGCGCUGUUGGAUCUCACGCGCACUCUGGUGGGAUCUGUUAGGUCUUUAGCGAACGAGGGUGUCACCCCUUCACAAUUUGUUUCCUCUUUGCUCAUACACUAUGGUCAAGCCCAAGACUCAAUCGACUGGCAGAAACUUGGCCUUGCUGUGUCCCCAAUUUUCCUUUCGGUUCAUGGCUCUUCUACCAUGCUUGGUCCCAUGGACAAUCAGUUAAAGCAGCGCAAAGUAGGAGUGCGCAGAACUCGUGAUUCCCGCCCAGCUACAAUUACUAGGCCCCAACAGCUUGAUGAGGCUGUGACAGAGGAAAAGACUGAUACGGACAAAAACAUGGCGACUAUGUUUGACAUCUUAAGGAGGGCAAAGCGUGUACGGCUUGAAAACCUAAUUAUGAACAAGACGUCUUUUGCUCAGACUGUGGAAAACUUGUUUGCCCUGUCAUUCCUAGUGAAAGAUGGUCGUGCUGAGAUUAGUCUGGAUGAAGAUCGUUCACACUAUGUUUCACCUAAAAACGCUCCAGCUGCCAACUUAGUAUCGUCAAAAGAAGUUUCUUACACUCAUUUUGUAUUCAGAUAUGAUUACAAAGAUUGGAAGAUGAUGAAAGAUUUAGUGCCCGAUGGAAAAGAGUUAAUGCCAAAUCGGAUUCAAUGUUGCACUGCAGUUGAUUCUCAGGAGAUGGGUGGUGACAAUUCCCAACCUGCUUUGGCUUUAACACCUAUCAGGAAGCUAUCACGGAACCGAGGAUUGGUUGUGCAGGAUGAAAGUGUUGUUGAAGAAUCUCCCGAAUGUGAUGAGGAAAAUGCUCCCAGAGAAGGGGCUCUACGUAGGUGUAAGCGUAGGCUUCAUUAGGAAAUAGCAUGUUAGGUACCAGAUCAACUUAUAGUUUACAUGACUAGUUAUAUUAGGCAUAUCAAACUGAGUUUUUUGUGAUGUAUAUAGGAUGUAAAUAUUUGUAGAUCCAUGGUCUGGUAGUAUGCCUUUUGUAAGGUUGAAUUUAUUAUGGCAGAAUGGAUGAUGUAGCUCCCUUUUCUGUC